CAUGGGAGCUGUAGUCCGGGAGGGCGGUGUGCCCGAGGUGGCGGGGCGGAUGGCGCUGCGCGGCUCGCUGCGGGCCUGGCGGGCGCUGCUGCGCUCCCCGGGCCCGCCCGCCCGCGGGCUCUGCAGCCGGCCGCCGGCUUUCGGCUUCCUGUUCGAUGUGGACGGCGUGCUGGUGAGGGGCAGCCAGCCCGUGCCCGCCGCCCGCCGCGCCUUCCAGAGGCUGGUGGACAGCAGCGGGCGGCUGAGGGUGCCCGUGGUGUUCCUGACCAACGCCGGGAACUGCCUGCCGGCGGCCAAGGCCCGAGAGGUGUCCCGGGCCGUGGGGCUGCAGGUGUCUCCGGAGCAGGUGAUCCUGUCGCACAGCCCCCUGCAGCUCUUCAGGCAGUUCCACCAGCGGUGCAUGCUGGUGGCCGGGCAGGGACCCAUGGAGGAGAACGCCUACGACCUGGGGUUCAAGCACGUGGUGACCAUAGAGGCCCUGAGGAAGGCAUAUCCCCUGUUAGACAUGGUGGACCUGAGCCGGAGGCCGAAAGAACUGCCUCCUCCAACCACUGGCUUCCCCACUAUAGAAGGGGUGAUUCUUUUUGGUGAGCCAGUGAGGUGGGAGACAAGCCUGCAACUCAUCACUGAUGUGCUCCUGAGCAAUGGGAACCCUGGGGCAGAGCUGCAGGAUGUACCAUACCCUCACCUGCCUAUCCUUGCCUGCAACAUGGACCUCCUGUGGAUGGCUGAAGCCAAGAUGCCCAGGUUUGGCCAUGGCACUUUCCUUCUCUGCUUGGAGAGCAUCUACAAGAAGGUGACAGGCAGGGAGCUGAAGUAUGAGGCCUUGAUUGGCAAACCCAGCCCAGUCACCUACCACUAUGCUCAGUACUUGAUCCAACAGCAGGCAGAGAAGCAGGGCUGGAAGGCUCCCAUCCGACACCUCUAUGCAGUUGGGGAUAACCCCAUGUCUGACAUCUAUGGGGCAAACCUCUACAACAGCUACCUCAAGUCAGCUCAGCAGAGCCAGGCCCAGGCUGGGCUGAAGAGGAACCCACAGGCAGCCAGUCCCCAGGCUGAGGUUUCCCUGGAGCUGAGGAAUGACUGCAGCAGUUCAGUGGAGAGCUGUCAGUCGAUUCUGGUGUGCACUGGGGUCUACAACCGUGGCAGCGGCGUUCCCAAGAAAACAGAGGCACGCCCAGAGGAGGCAGUGUUCCAUGGACAUCGGGACUUCUGCUUCGACCCCAGCCUGCUGGAGGCAUCUUACAUAGUGGAGGAUGUGGAUGAUGCUGUGCAACUUGCUUUUCAAAAAGAAAACUGGAGCUAGGGGUUAAGAAAGGUGUGCCUGAAGAUCUGCUGUCAGGGGUUUCAUGUACUGGAAAGGGAAGAGGGGAAGAAUGAGGAGGGACCUGGGGUGAUUUUCUUAUCUAGCUAAUGUGAAAGAAAAUUCCCUGUUGCAGCACUAAAAGCCCCUAAAUUUUAUUGGUACUCAUCUGCCAUCCUGGCAGACUUUUAGCUGUGACUGUGCAUUGCUGCCAGCCCUAAUUGAGCCGUAAUGGAAACAGGGUAUAAGGAGCAGGCUUGUCCCAGCAAUCCCAGUUUUGUUCAGCUCUCACAGCUCAUUCUUUUCCACACUUUGUGUGCAAAGAUCAGGGGAGCCCACCCUCCUCUUUGUGAGGUGUUUGAGGGUGAAGCUCUUCCCCACACGAGGAGCCACCAUCAGCCAUUUGUACAAUGUGCUGCUUGUCCAGGCUGGGACUGGAGCACACCAGAAGCUGGGGCUGUGGUGGCACCGUGCCAAGGGGAGGCUUUAGGUCUUAACAUCCUCCUCGUGAAGAAUAAGUGCCUACAGACUUUAACAAAUUCUCUUUGCCUGGGGAUUUGCCACUGCAUCACUGUCAGUGUGAAACAAAGUUCUGUUUUGCAGUCAUCUGGCAGCUGUGGAGAGGCAGGGCCCCUCAGAGGAAGCUGCAGUAGCCAGAGCAACUUGAUGCAGGGCUGAGGUGAAAGUUAUAUUGUUCCCUCCCCCCUGUUUAGCAUUCUGUGAACACCCCUGCCUUUUCACAUCCCACCAGGGAGCCAGCAGCCUGCUCUCAGUAGCAGAGGAAACCUCCAGAGUUUGAAUUGGCAGAGUUGUCUUUGCACAGAACUCAGUGCUGCAGCAAGAGGCUCCUUUGGCACCCACUCUGAUCCCAACUGUUGCAAGGAACAUCCACCUGCUCCAGCUGGCACAGCUUCCAAGAGGGGCCUUUCUUUGGAACAAGGGCCAAACAAAAAGAGCCACAGUCCACCUUUGCUCCUUCCUUGCAUGCAAGGAUUCAAAGACAAGCCCAUCAAGCCAGGAUGGUACCAGAGCCCCAGAUCCCCAGGCCUGAUCUUUUAGAAUACAAAUGUCUGUGUCUUCCAGAUCUUUGGUUCCUCUCAUCCCUCAUGUGGUUUGCAGCUCAGGGAUACCCCGUACAGUUUGACCUCUGCUCCCCCCUCUUUCUUUAACAGGCAGGUAAAGUCCCCCUAACAUGGAUUAGCAGCUGGAACUUCCCUGCCCAGGAACAUUUCCCUAACAACAUGCACCUUCUGUUGCCUCUGUUCUCCUAGCUCAGGCUAUCCAGAGAAAGAUAUUUGGAUACUUGUGUCUCCAUAGACAUUCCAAAGAAGAGAAGCCAGGUUUGCAUGAGAAACUGAUGUGAAAGGCUUGGCUUAGCGAGGAGUGUCCUAAUUCCAGAGGAGCAUUGUGAUUUUAGAAGCACAAAUCAGGCUGUACAUAUGAUGGAAAGCCUUGGAGCCAGCACAACUGAGUUGGUUUCCCCAAUUACAGUCAGCUCACACCACACUGAAAUAUCAGAAAUGGGUCUGCUCUGCCUCUUCUUCCCUCCUUCCUGCUUUACCAGGCAGCUCCACAGGCAGGGUGCAAACAAGAUGUUCUGCACAGAAGUUUGAGUUCUUAAUUCAAAUCUCAGCAUCCAUGUGCACUGAAAUUCUGCUCCAGCAGCUCUCCAUCCUCUCAAUACUGAUUCAUCUUCCCAGGAAGGUCCCUGCAGUGUAGGCUCUACCCUUAAGUUGUGCCAGGCUCUGUGUGUGAAGCAGCCCAGGUGCUCUUUCAGUUACCCAGGCAAAAGAGCUCCUUCUGUGUUUCUCUGUCCUUUACUUCAUGGAUAGGAACAGAAAAAUACCUCUUUGCACGUGUUUCCCUGCUGUGAAAUCCACAGAGGGAAGCAAUUUCUUCCUCUCUUAUCGCUGCUUGGGGUUCUUCUCCUUUCUUUCCUCAGGACAAGAAUUCCUUGGCUGCUUCUAAAGUGGGAGGAACACAGAUUUUAAUCCUUUUCCUUUCACUGGAGAGAGGAGGAAAUUACCAUUUCAUCUCUGUGCACAGGACAAGGGCUUGUCUCUAGUUCCCAGAAGAGCAGGCACAGGGAAGGACUUGGGAUCUAACACAGGGAUGGGUCUUUUAACUGGAGCCCAAACCCUUUUUAUUCCCAGCUCCAGUGUCCCUCAGCCUCGCUUUUCAGAGGUGCAGAAAGAGGAACACUCCCUUUGCUGGCUUGGGUGGUAACUUCCAAGGGAUUCCUUGGAAUGAUCCUCAUAGUCAGCUCUCAGGGAAUUGGUUGCUGGCAGGAAAAACGAGCCACACAGGAUUGCAGGAAUGCUGAGGUCUGUCCAUCUGCAGCCAGCCUUUGGCAGAGCUCUUUGUUAAAAGUGUGGUGCCAGUUACUCAGAGAAAAGGUGCUGCUGAACCACUGUGCCCUGAGGGCUGUGGCAGCUCUUCCAAGGAAGGAGGAGGUUUGCAUUUGCACAGAGAGAGAGAGAGCCAGGCAUCUCCAUCCUUGGAACGCAUCCUUGGAAUCCAUCCUUGGAAUCCAUCCUUGGAACCCAUCCUUGGAAUAGCAGUGGAGGUGAGCUGACUGAUGUGAAUCUGCUUCACAUGCCAAAAAUCUGCUUUUAGCUCUGGGUUUGGUUGUGGGUUUUUUUUCUUUUCCACCAGUGUUCUGUGAGUCUUAAAAAUGCGUAGGAGGAACUUCAGUGGUAAGGAAUUAAAAAAAAAAACAACAAAACUGCUUUGCUUGCGAGUUGAAAUUGAACAGAAGGGAGGAGAAGGAAUCUAGAAAUAUCAUCUUGUACCCUUUCCCUAAUUCAUACCAAGUAAGGUUGCAUAAAAAACUCUGCUUUGUUGCUCUCUGCACUAAUAAGCCAGAUGGGCUGCCCUUGGUCAAAGACCUUUCCCCUGUUCCCCUUCUCAGCUCCUUGAAACGGUGCACUUUGUCCAAGUCCCUGCCUGGGAAUUGCAUGGACCUGCUGGAAAUCUGGCUUCUCCAGCUGCUGUUCAACACUGCCUUGAUUCUGAAAGGUUUCUGUUAAUGAAAUUGCUUGGCAGGUCUCCUCUGUUCCAUGAGUUGUGCUAGAGUGCUGUACAGACUUGUAGCUUAUCUCUAGUUCAUUUAUGGACAACUGUUAUUGCCAGAAUUCAGUGAAAUCCUUUUUCCUCGGAACUGUGGCUUCCUGGAAUUAGCUUCCAGCCUGGCUGGAACAAAACUCCUCCUUUGUCUCAUGUACUGCUCAGAAGUGGUGGCUCUGAAGCAGUGUUUCUGUCCUUUGGAGCAGUCAGUCAUCCUUCUGUGCAGGUGAUGGGACAGGAGAGGGGAUCCAAUAUCUCAAUAUUUACACGGUGCACUGCCCUGUACAACAAACAGGGCAAAGACCUGAUCCUAACAACCCCAUCUUCCAAAGAUGAACAGGUUUUAGUCAGGCCAGAAGGGAGCUUGCAGCUGUGAGAGCAGCAGGAAGGAACCAAGGGCUAGACCUUGUUUUGGAUCUGAAGCAAAGAGCUUUUAUGGCAUGCUCUAAGGUGGUGGCCAGAGAAGUCAAUUCCUUUAUUCCACAGGACACAUGCAACUGCUAACCUGGCAUUCAGGGCACCAGAUAACACUGCUGUCCCCUUCCUUCCAAUCCUAGUCCUGCCCUGUCUUUCUCCCUCCAGUAAAUGGUAAGGUUUCAGAUUGUGUCAUGUGCACUGUAGAAGAAUGAUUAUAUAUCAUUCAGAGAAAUCACAAACUGUGAUUGUUUUAGAUUUCAUAUUAAUUUCAAUGCAGUUACAGAGUUGCUACUUUGAUUAAGCACAUAUGUGUAAUAAUAAAGGAUGUUUUAUUUGAAAUAAA